AUGUAAUAAAAAGAACCUAAGCUUUGCAAGAAGUGUAAAACCAACAAUCCAAACAUUAUCGUACAAAAAGAUCCUGUCUGUAAAGAAUGCUUUAUUGGAUAUGUCGAGCAUAUGUUCAAAAUGUCUUUGAGACUUAAAUGUAACAUAACCUAGAAAAAUGAAAAAUUAUUGGUUUGCUUCUCUGGAGGAUAGUAAAUAUUCAUCUAAUUCAAGAAAUUCAACAGCUCUAGUCAAAUUGGCUAGUGAUGUUGUGCAUUCAACUUGUGCCCACAACAAAAGCAAGAUGUUUAUUGAAGUUCAUGUUUUGUACAUAAAUGAAAGUUUUAUUAUGAAAGAAUUUAUAUAAGAAUAUGUAAUUAUACUAUAUAAAACUAUAAGCAACCCCAAGAUUACACCAACUUUGUAACUAAUGAGUGCAAACUGCCUUUCCAAAUUGUUGACAUUCAAUCUAUAUACCCAGAUCCUUACAUUUUACUUUAAUAACUUCAUAAUUUAUCAGAAAGUGGAUCAUCAAGGGAAGAUUUCGUUCGUUUGAUCAAAUAACAUAUCAUCUAUGAUUAUGCAAUUAAAAAUGGAUACUAAAAUGUAAAUCCAAUCCUUUAAUUUAGGUUUGCUUUGGUUAAAAUGGACAAAGAUUAGCUGCCGAUCUAUUUUCUUAGUUAUCCAAAGGAAGAGGCCUUAGUCUAUAAUCAGCCACCAAAUACAAUUUUUCAUUUAUCUACCCUCUCAAUUAAAACAAAUUACAAAUAUUGCAUCCUCUUAAAGAAUUACUCAACAAAGAUAUUUUAUACUACCUUCGAUUAAAAUCUAACUUAAACUUCCCAAAUUUUAUCUUGGGACAACAUUUAAGUAAUAUUGUCAAAAACGUAUUAUUAAAAUAAUAAAACUAGAAACCAGCUCACGGUAAUAUUGAUCAUUUGCUUGAACAAUUUAUUGAUAAACUGUAAGAAGGGUUCCCUUCCACAACCUUCACAGUUUUGAGUUCAGCUGAAAAAGUUACAAUUAAACCUCUUCAGUAACAAAGCCAUUGUCCAUUAUGUUUGGAAAUUAGAGACCAAGUGUAUAAUCGCCUCGAAGUAGAGACAUUAGAUAAUUCAAAUUAAGUAAACCUAUCUAAUAAUAUCAUAGUAAUUGAUCAAUUAUUUAAGAGCCAACACAAAAUAUUACAACAAAAUAUGUUUUACUUGUAACAGAAUGCUGUAAUCAGCUUAAGAAUUAGAGAAUUUUUACAAUUUAAAAGGAUUUCCACCUUUAAUUGUCUAAAUUGCUGAUACCAUAUAAUGA